AUGAAGUGGUCUAGUCCAGGGAUCUUCACGUCACCUAAAGGUGUGACACUGGCAGCGGGCUCAGUAGGUCUAAACUUGCUGAUAUGGGCUCUGUGUGGAAUAUUUACUACUAUGGCGGCUUUGUGUUUUGCUGAGAUGCAGAUCUUUGUGAAGCGGGAUGGAUGUGAGUACGGCUAUAUUCACAAAGCGUUUGGCCCACUGCCUUCGUUUGUCUACACUUGGAUGAGAAUCGCUGUGGCGGAGCCUAUCACAACGGCUGUGUUCGCUCUGGCCUUUUCACACUACAUUGCAGACGCCAUCGUCGACAAUUGUGGCCCGCCAAAGUUGCUAGAACAAAUGCUGACUGUAACCAUAAUAUUUAGCUUGGCAAUCCUAAACACCUACAGCCUCCGCCUGGCCCAACAGAUCCAGUCCCUGGCGAAUCUCGGCAAGAUUGUUACGAUUGGUAUCAUCAUUGUGACCGGUAUAUACAGACUGGGGGCAGGUGAAAUAGACGGCUUGAAGGAGGGCUUUGAUAACACAGAAACUGAUCAUAGCAAGAUCAUCAUUGGGGUGUACAACUGCCUAUGGGCGUACGGUGGCUGGGCCUAUGUUCCGAACGUCACGGCUGCUGUCAGAAAACCCCCGAAAAACCUGCCAAAAUUGGUGAAAAUUAUCAUACCAACUGUAAUGGUCAUCUACCUACUUACCGUGAUGUCAUAUUUCACUGUGCUUACCGAGGAGGAAAUGUCUGGCGCCCAUUCGUUUGGUGUAUUGUGGGGCAGAAAAGCACUUGGAAAGGCAGCCUUCAUCAUCCCUAUAGGUGUUGCCAUGGUCGCUCUAGGAAACGCAAAUAACACAUUUUUGUCAUCUGGAAGACUAUCGCAGUUUUCCGUUCAUGAUGGCUACAUACCGGAUGUCUUAUCAUACGUACAUGUAAAAACCAAAUCACCACUUCCGGCAAUCAUCCUCCGCGCGGUGAGUGGGGUAGUGAUUGCCUUGGCGGUGGACGUGUCACAAAUGGUGCGGUUCUGGGUGUUCACUGUCUGGCUGUUUCAUGGACUUGCGGUCGGUGGGUUGCUGAUCAUGAGAAUCCGAAAACCGCAUCUAGAUAGACCGUAUAAAGUAAACAUCAUCGUUCCUUUCAUUGUUACUUUGGGAUCAGUCUAUCUGACCUUGGCUCCCUUCAUUGUAAAUAAACCUCGGCCUGAGUUCAUUUUCUCGUUGUGUCUGGCUGCCCUUUCCAUGCUUUGUUACUUUCCAUUCGUUCGCUGGAACUGUAGUGAAAACAUUAGUGGUGGAAAAUUCACAGACAAGCUCACCGUUUUUAUUCAGCUGUUUCUGAACGUUUCGCCAUUUAUCAAACGGUACAAGCGGAGGUUACGGACUAAACGCCGAAACGGACCUGCCACUGUGAGUCCCGUGGUUCCGGAAAGUGCCGUGGUACCAGAACCAAGUUCUCCUUCUUCAGACAUGCCUUUCUCAGACACAAUGUCCAUUUUUACAAUCGACACAAUAGACGAUUUGGACGAUACUAUGACCGCGGACGACCGUGAGUCGGUUGUCUCUUUCAACACAAACUAUUCAUACCGUACUAAUCUGUCGUUCCGGACGCAGUCUUCAAGUUCCAACUCGAGACCACCAACGUAUGACGAGGCUAUUGAAAUAACAAAACUUUGACACACGAUAGAAUUCUUAACCUAGAAAGGAAAAUCAAAUUUCAAGAGGGAUCUUUUGUUAACCUGGUAUAAUACUCUAAUUCCAGUCGUUGUGAACAAAAGCAAGACAAUUUCGGAAACGAGAUCAUUGCAUAUCGACGGAGUUCGUCAUUAGAAGCUUCUUAUUCAAAUUAAAUGUAAUAGAAUGUAUCCUUAUAGACAAACGUGGACGCUUUAAAAGUUUGUCUUGAGUUGGAAUAUAGCUGCUAAUGUUAUAUUUAAGUCGAUAUGUAUAGGUAAUAUUACACGUGUGUAGGACGGUUACAAUUAUAUCUAACUCAAUAUUUAUAGCUUAUAUUACACGUGUGUAGGUAGCUUAUAAUUAUCAAAAUUUAUUAAGACACUUCGAAUAUAUGUAGAGAUACUGUUCAAAGGAGAAUGCUCUCCCAUUUAUUACUGCAUGUAUUGGAAAGAAUAUAUGGGCAAAUCUGAAAAUAAAUUCAGUUGCCCAAAAUUAUUAUUCUUCGUAAAGGUCAACUUGAAAGUUGACAAACACAUAACAAUUCCUGAAAUGCAAUUGGAUAUUUGCGUGUUCGAUUCAUAUGUUCUUGGUGCAAAAUGUAAAAAGUGGUGCAGUUCAACUUAAGUGCUAAAUUAAAUUAAGAUACAUGUGAUAGCUUUUGCAUAAUUCGUCGUUUGUGAUAAAUGAAUACUGUAAAAUCAUUAAUUUUCGAGGUUUAAUUUUCGCUUAUUUCGUAGGUACAAAUGAUGCACGAUUUCAAAUUUCCACGAAUUACUAAAGUUUUCAAAAUACAUACAUCAACGUAUUCUUAAUCCAUGAAUUCCUGCCCCAAUAAAAUAGCGUUUUUGGAGAAAACAACGAAAAUUUAACCUCACGACAAUAUAUGAUUUUACAGUAUUAUUAUAUUGUUAUUUAAUUAAUUAAUUUUUAUGUUAUUGAUAUGAAAUCUGAUAAAAAUGACAUUUCCAUAUGUAUGAGAAACGUCAUAUUAUUUAUCUGAUUCACUUCCCUGUCGUGUAAACGUAGCACGUUAUUUUAACGAUGAAAUUUGACUUCACUAUGAAUCUGAAACGCUAAAUUAUCCCUCUUAAUCAAGAAACUAGUUAUUUUGUUACCAACUAUAUAUUAACUAUGAAAUAGUUACACAAUUAAUGUUGAUUAAUAUUCUGCAUGUAUAUCAAAUCUUGUUGUAUAUUGUAAUCAGUUAUUAUCUGGGAAGUAAAACAAUAGUAUCAUUAGUCGUACAUAUCUUAUUCUAAGAAUAGGUUUUGUCUAAUGUAGACAAACGUUUACAAAACAUUGUUCUUUGUCUUUUAUGUUGUAAAACCUAACAUGAUAAUUGAUGUUUUUAUUUAUGUUUGUUUUGUAUGGUAUUAGUCUGAAAUAUUUUCGUUGAGAUGUGUAGACACAUCCGAAGAUGGGGUCAUGACUUGUUAUAGUUACUCCAAAGGUCAUCUUUAAAAAUAUCUUGGUUUGCUGUAACCUGACCAGGGGGUUUUACAUAUGGGUAGGUAGGUAGUGCUGAGCUCUUUUAAAAUCAGUUCUGAAAACAUAUUUUCAACCUUCAAAACAAAAACAAACCAGAAUAUAAACUGUUUGGAAAUCAUUACCUAUUUUGAAAAGAAACACACCCAAAGCUUAUUUGGGUUUGCGAGAUGUAUUUUCAAAUUUGCAAAGCAACUUCCGGAGAUAAUUAUCCGGAACGGUCAAGUAAUUUAAAAAAAAAAAAAAAAAAAAGUCAUUUUAUUUUUCACAAUAAAAUUUC